GGUUUCUUUAUUAGUUAUAAACUUUGUGAGUGAAAAUGGUGUUUAGAAGCAAUAUUUCAGAUGAAGUUAAUGUUCUUGUUCAUGGUGUUUAGUCUUACAUUAUGCAAGAGCAGCAAACAAUGAUUUAAAUAGAUAAAUUUUUGAGGUUGGGUGAGAGUAGCUUGUGACUUUGUUAUUAAGCAGUAACUGCUUGUGUCUUAAAAAUAAAUUACUGCAUAUUAUACUGGGAAAUGCCUAAAUUUAAAAGAUGCAAUAGCAGCGUAAAACAUUUGUUUUCAACACUUUUAUUGCUGAGUGAUUUAAUAUCUUAAAAGUGAUAUCAAGCAAUUAUUCAAAGAAAGUGUGGCCUUAAGGAGUUAAAAAAAGUUCUAUGGUUUGUUGAAUUCUUAGUGGCCAGUUUUUUUGUGUGUGUGUGUGACAAACUUCCUGUCUUUGAGGAAUAGUGCUGCUGCUGUCAUUACAGCUUGUAGGGCAUUGUGCUGCGAUCUCCAGACCACCUCCUUUUACAGUUCUCAGAUGGAGUAGUUGACAAUCGAAGUUUAGAAGAGAUUUUGAGUAGCAUCUCUCCUCCCCCACCUCCAGCGAUGACCAAUGAAGCUGGAGCUCCUCGUCUCAUGAUAACUCACAUUGUAAACCAGAACUUCAAAUCUUAUGCUGGGGAGCAAAUUCUAGGACCGUUUCAUAAGCGUUUUUCAUGCAUUAUUGGACCAAAUGGCAGUGGAAAGUCUAAUGUUAUUGAUUCUAUGCUCUUUGUGUUUGGUUAUCGAGCACAAAAAAUAAGAUCCAAAAAACUCUCUGUACUGAUACAUAAUUCUGAUGAACACAGUGAUAUCCAGAGUUGCACUGUAGAAGUUCAUUUUCAAAAGAUCAUUGACAAGGAAGGGGAUGAUUAUGAAGUCAUUCCCAGCAGCAAUUUCUGUGUCUCCAGAACGGCCUACAAAGAUAAUUCUUCAGUAUACCAUAUUAGUGGGAAGAAAGCAACAUUUAAAGAUGUUGGGCUUUUGCUUCGAAGUCAUGGGAUUGACCUAGACCAUAAUAGGUUCUUGAUUUUGCAGGGGGAAGUUGAGCAAAUAGCAAUGAUGAAACCAAAAGGACAGAAUGAGCAUGAUGAAGGGAUGCUUGAAUAUUUAGAAGACAUAAUUGGAUCUGGACGAUUAAAAGAACCCAUUCAUAUAUUAUGUCGAAGAGUUGAAAUAUUAAAUGAACAGAGAGGUGAGAAGUUGAACAGAGUUAAAAUGGUGGAAAAGGAGAAAGAUGCCUUAGAAGGAGAACAGAACAAAGCCCUUGAAUUUCUUUGUUUGGAGAACAAAAUGUUCAAAGAAAAGAAUAAGAUAUAUCAAUACUAUAUUUAUGAAUUACAGAAGUGGAUAACAGAUCUGGAAACACAGAAGGGAAAAAUACACGAGGACACUAAAGAAGUUAAUGAGAAAAGCAGUAAACUGGCAGAUGAAAUGAAAGAUAAGAAUAAAGCUCUGAAAGAAGUAGAAAAGAAACUUAAUAAAAUUACAGCAUUUAUUGAAGAAAAUAAAAACAAAUUCACAAAACUUGAUCUAGAGGAUGUUCAAGUAAGGGAAAAACUAAAACAUGCAAAAAGCAAGUCAAAAAAACUAGAGAAACAGCUUCAAAAGGAUAAAGAAAAGGUUGAAGACUUGAGAAGUGUUCCUGCUAAAUGCAAGUCUGUUAUCACUGAAGCAACAUCUAGGCAAGAAAUUUUGGAAAAGGAAAAGGAAGUGGUAGAGGAAAAUCUGAAGAAAGUUAUGGAUAGCCUAAAGCAGGAAACUAAAGGACUGCAGAAAGAGAAAGAGGACAAAGAAAAAGAGCUUAUGGAAUUCAGCAAAACAGUUAAUGAAGCACGUUCAAGUGUGGAUGUGGCCAAGUCAGAAUUUGAUCUCUACCUUAGUCGUCAUAAUACUGCAGUAGCUCAGUUAGAAAUGGCAAAAGAAGCUCUUCAAACUGCUUCAGGAACACUUAAGGAGAGGUUACCUGCUAUCAAAGAACUGGAGUUAAAAUUACCUCAAGCUGAAUAUGAUCUAAGAAAGAAAGAGAAUGAACUUGACAAACUUUUAAAAGAGGAAGCAGACAUCAAAAAAGAUGUUCAAGAUCUGCGUCAGAAAGUAGAAGAGGCAAGAAGUUCACUAUCAGUAAAUAAAAGUAGAGGAAAAGUUCUUGAAGCUUUAAUGCAGCAGAGGAAAUCUGGAAACAUACCUGGAAUAUAUGGAAGGCUGGGUGACUUGGGAGCCAUAGAUGAAAAGUAUGAUAUUGCAAUUUCAUCAUCGUGUGGAGCACUGGAUCAUAUAGUUGUUGAUUCUAUCGAUACAGCUCAAAUAUGUGUUAAUUUCCUGAAGAAACAAAACAUUGGAGUGGCAACUUUCAUAGGGCUUGACAAGAUGGCAGUAUGGGAGAAAAGCAUGGGAAAAAUCCAGACUCCUGAAAACACUCCACGCUUGUUUGACAUGAUAAAAGUUAAAGAUGAAAAAGUUCGCCAAGCCUUUUAUUUUGCAUUACGGGAUACUCUAGUAGCUAAUAACCUGGAUCAGGCUACAAGAGUUGCUUUCCACAAAGAUAAGAGGUGGAGAGUUGUAACUUUGCAAGGACAAAUCAUAGAACAGUCAGGGACAAUGACUGGUGGUGGUGGAAAAGUAAUGAAGGGUAGAAUGGGAUCCUCUGUUGUAGUUGAAAUAUCAGAAGAUGAGGUAAAUGAAAUGGAAACUCAACUGCAAAAAAGUUCACAAAAAGCAAUGCGAUAUCAGGAAGAGAAAGUGCAACUUGAAGAAAUGAUAGUAAAAUUGCGACAGACUGUCAGGGAAAUGAGGAACACACUAGAAAAAUACAGUGCAAGUAUCCAGAGUUUAUCGGAACAAGAAGCUCACUUAAAAGUCCAGGUUAAAGAACUUGAAGCAAACGUGAUUGCUUCCGCUCCAGACAAAGUAAAGCAAAAGGAAAUGGAGAGAAAAUGUAAUACUUUAAAAGCAGAAUAUGACAGGGUUGCUGCGAAAGCUGGGAAAGUGGAAGCAGAAGUUAAGAGACUACAUAAUCUCAUAAUUGAAAUCAAUAACAGUAAACUUAAAGCCCACCAAGACAAUCUUGAUAAGUUAAACAAAGAAGCAGAUCAGUGUGCUUCUGCUAUUACUAAAGCUCAGGUUGCAAUCAAGACAGCAGAUAGAAACCUGAAAAAAGCAGAGGAUGCUGUUCUUCAUACUGAGAAGGAAAUUGAAGAGAAUAAAAAGACCAUACAAGACUUAACUGAACAGCUAAGUGCACUAGAUGAAAGAGCUGCUGAAGUUAUGACUGACAGCAAAAAAGCUGAAGAAUCCUUACCAGAGAUUCAAGAGAAGCAUCGCUCUGUGCUUCAAGAGAUUAAAGCUAUCCAAGAAGAAGAACAUUUGCUCCAAGAAGCGGCACUUAAUAUUCGGCUUAAAAUUGAACAGCUGGACAGUCACAUUGCAGAACAUCAGUCAAAGAUUAAGCAUUGGCAAAAGGAGAAAUCAAAAAUAUCACUACAUUCUGUGAAAGAUAAACAAGUUGAAGAGCUUCCCAUUUUUAGUCAAGAAGAACUUGAGGCUAUUAAAGAUACAAAUAUUAUAACCAAUCAGAUAGCUCUUUUAGAAGCCCAGUGUCAUGAAAUGAAACCAAACUUGGGAGCCAUUGAGGAAUAUAAUAAAAAGGAAGAAUUGUACCUAAAACGUGUGGCAGAGUUGGAUGAAAUUACCAGUGAGAGGGACAAGUUUAGAGAAGCUUAUGAAGAUCUUAGAAAAAACAGGCUUAAUGAAUUUAUGGCAGGAUUUAAUGUAAUAACCAACAAGCUAAAGGAAAAUUAUCAAAUGCUUACAUUGGGAGGAGAUGCAGAACUAGAGCUUGUAGAUAGUCUGGAUCCUUUCUCUGAAGGAAUCAUAUUCAGUGUUCGGCCACCAAAGAAAAGCUGGAAAAAAAUAUUUAAUUUGUCAGGUGGAGAGAAGACAUUAAGCUCACUGGCUUUGGUUUUUGCUCUGCAUCAUUACAAGCCUACUCCACUUUACUUCAUGGAUGAAAUUGAUGCAGCACUUGAUUUUAAGAAUGUAUCCAUUGUAGCAUUUUACAUAUAUGAACAAACCAAAAAUGCACAAUUCAUCAUUAUUUCUCUGCGGAACAACAUGUUUGAAAUUGCAGACAGACUAAUUGGUAUUUACAAGACUUACAACACAACAAAAAGUGUUGCAACAAAUCCCAAAGUGAUUGCAUCAAAAGGACAUGCUGAAGUUGGCUCUGUCGAAUGUUUCUGAAUGUGGAAAUUGCUUUUAGUUUAACCAGUAGAUCUUUCUAAUGGACACAUUCCAAUAUUCAGCUUAACACCAGCUUGCUAUAAGUGGCUUAAAAUUUUAACAUCCUACUAAGGGCUGUUUAUCCUCUUAAAAUCAAGAAUCUCUUCAGUUCCGGAGUAAUGCAUAAAAUAUAACUGGAUGUGAAUGGUUCUGUUGUGCUCAACCACACAGUUGUCAUUUAAGAGCAGUGGAAUACUGGGGAGCGGCAUAAGGGUUGUAGAUUUUUUUAAAGCAUUCUGUACUGUGUGUUAAAAUAAAACUAAUAAAUCGGCUGAUUUAUUUUUAUGAUACUGUAGGAUGGUCAUUGUUGUAGAUACAUAAGCUGCAAGAAAAAACUACAUGAACAACAGACUGUUUUAAUAUGUGGAAAUUAGAGGUAAGAUCAGUUCACAUUGUAUGUGCAGUUGGUUGCAAAGCAAACUGAGCCUCUUUAAUAAAGCUAAACUUACAACAAAUGUAAUUUGUUAUUACUCUUAUAUGUAAAGAUUAUUUACAUUUACAUUUCCUGGGAUAAGGCAGUCUUGGUUAAGGCCAUUAGCUAAAAUGACAGCCAAUCCUGGAUUCAAUACUGGCAUUUCUUGGAAGAGCUUGGAAAGUUGUCUGUGUGUACCCUGGACAGCAGUUGCUAGUCAGAUCACACUUCCCCCAGUCAGUAACGUCUAGAUAGUUUGCAUUAUAACCUCUCAGUCCAGACCGUUAGCCACAGGAAUGUUGCUCCAAUUAUUAAAGAGGAUACAAAUUUUGGUUGGCCUUGGUAUACAUAACCCCAGUUUUGUAAUUACCUAUCAAGUGUAGCAUAAAAGAGUACCAGGAUAGGAGCUCACGAGUUAACUAAAUUGAUUGGCUUUUCUGUUAUUUCUCGAUUGAAUCUGGUGGAGAAGGCUGGGAGGUUAGAAGGUUAUUCUUGAGGUUUAUGAAGGGAUGAAGUGAAUUCUGUGCCAGGGAGAAGUGGCCCAUCUCUAUUGCCUUCAUUUUUAGGGUUUGAUUGCCUACACCUGGGAGAUACCAAGUGAGAUAGCAGCCCACCAUGUGAUUGCUUGUUGAGCAUCACAGUAAGGGAAUAAAAUGCAGGUAUUUGGUAUUAGUCUUCUGUCCAGCUUUACUAGACUUCUACUUGUGGAACACCUAUUACCUAGGUAAUAUAAAAUAGGAUGAGUUAUUUUUCUGUCAAGGUGACUGCUGAAGGGUGUUCUCUUUGGAACUGGGAUUGUAACUUUCUUGAGGUUUUAUGUUUUAACUUGUACUUGCUGCUUCACCUUUUAAAUGCUAGUCCUUUGUUCCCAGCUUUGCACAUGGCAUGAAUCCGAAAGUAGAUGAAGAAUGCAAAAUGAAAAGUUACUGUGACAAUACAGUAUUGACGAUCCUAAAACCACAUCUAUCAAUAAAAAUAUAAUAGAUCAAA